AUGCGUGCGCCAAGCGCAAUUUCUUAUGUCUGGCUCUUUGUGACAACAUUGUAUCUGGUCUUGUUUCUCCACAACGUCACUGCCGCGGCGGGACGCACUGCUGGGUCCUCCAGCUCUCCAGCUGCAGCUGCUUCUAGUCGCAAGCGUGCAAAACCCGGAUCUUCAAUUAAACCACCACCUGCAGGAGAGACCGCAAACCCAUCGCCGGGGCAAGUGAAGCCAGCGAAGUCCGCAUACCACCAAAAGAGUUUCCCAGUCUGUCGAAAUGUGUCGGUUGGUUAUUACGGCCUAUUCGGAAAAGAACCUGGACCUGACCAAGGAGCGCCAGGUACUAGCCUAGCUCAGUUUCCCAAUCUUCCUAGCACGUUGGUCCCAGCUAGCGAAGGAUCUUGCGAGAUUAAAUGUCAGGAGAAGAUCCACCAAUUCGAGUUUGCUUUGGGCAACGCGAUCGUGCGGACUCUGCCGAUCUGUUGGGCAAGUCGCAGGUUCAGUAUUGUGCAACGAAGAGCACGCUCAAUGGUGUGCGGGGCUCCAGUGUCUCUAGGCUGCCGCUUGUCAUCUUCAUUGUGUGAGUGUACUUUCAACCUGAUCAUUCCUGAGCAAUUGAAUGAGACAAAACUCGAGAUGAGGCAUCACAGAAAGAAAUAUUUCAACGGAGUUGGACAAACGACGUCGUUGUGUGACAUGCAGCGCUUUCCGGCGACAAUGUCUGAUGAACUGGACAAAAAGAUCCUAGUUCGAGAGUCUGCGGUGUAUAAAAAUUCAAAGUCUGCUGAAGAAGAAGGGAAGCGAAGCUGGCCACUUUUCGAGUGGCACUCCAUGCCGAAUGAAGCUGUCAUACUGGGAAAUUCUUUUACUUGCCCCAAGCCACCAGCCAAGAUUCGGCCGGGGAGAGAAAAACCAGCCGGGCAAUGGAAGAAGGUGAUCACCGAGGUUUGUCUUUGUCCCAACAAUCGUGACAAUGGUGAGGGAGAGUGCAGCCAUAAGGAGUUGAUAUGCGAGACGAUCAGCUUGACUCAAGCCAUUGACAACUUGCGAAGGGGUGGAGGUGGACUGUUCGAUGUGUACAUGCAAAAGUUCCCCCAGCUGAAGGAUUAUGUGGCACCCAUCUCAGGCACAGCAAUAGCGACCGACCAAGUUCCGCAACAAGAUUGGGCAACGCUGCUUACUGCAGUUGAUUCGGUCCGUCGGAAAGGUUUGAACAUCGACCUCAACGUACCUGCUGCAGACGAAGGCGAUGAGCUUUGA